AUGGCAACUAUUGAUAUAAUAUCAACGCUGAAGGAUCCUUUGGCAUUCCAAAAUGCCGUAUCAACUAAACAAGAUAUAGAAGCAACAAGAUUACAAAUAUUACAAUUUCUGGGGGAUAAAGAAUUAGAAAUAAAACAUUUAGAGAAAUCCAAGAAAUCUUUCCAAAAGGCUUCAAUGGAAAUUGGUAAUGUUUUAAUAGCUGUGGCAAUGGGUGAUUUAACAAAACAAGUUGAAAUAAAUGAUGAACCAGAUCCAGAAAUUUUAAAAGUUAAAAUGACCAUAAAUACAAUGGUGGAUCAAUUACAUACUUUUGCAAGUGAAGUUACUAAAAUCGCAACUGAUGUCGCUCAUGGUGAAUUUGGUGGUCAAGUUAAAAAUCAAGGUACCGUGGGGAUAUGGAGAACUUUAUCUGAUAAUUUAAACGUUAUGGCUCUGAACCUAACUAACCAAGUUAGAGAAAUCGCUGAAGUGGUUAGAGGCGUUGCGGGAGGUGAUUUAUCAAGGAAAAUUAAUGUUCAUGCUCAAGGUGAAAUUUUGGAACUACAAGAAAUUAUAAACACUAUGGUUGAUCAAUUGAAAACUUUUGCAUUCGAAGUUACAAGAGUAUCAAGAGAAACUGGUGUUGAAGGUCGAUUAGGUGGUCAAGCCGUUGUUGUUGGCGCAGAAGGUAUAUGGAAAGAAUUAACUGAUAAUGUCAAUGCUAUGGCUACAAAUUUAACAAAUCAAGUUAGAAACAUUGCAAAUGUUACCACUGCUGUGGCAAAAGGUGACUUAUCUAAAAAAGUUACAGCUGAUUGUAAAGGUGAAAUUUUGGAUUUGAAAUCUACUAUAAAUGAAAUGGUGGAUUCUUUACAAACUUUUGCUCUGGAAGUUACAAGUUUAGCUACUGAUGUUGGUAUUAAAGGUAUAUUAGGCGGCCAAGCCGUUGUUAAUGGUGUUGAAGGUGCCUGGAAAGAUUUAACCGAUAAUGUUAACGCCAUGGCUACCAAUCUAACAAAUCAAGUUAGAUCUAUAGCCGCAGUUACCACAGCAGUUGCUCAUGGUGAUUUGUCUCAAAAAAUUGAUGUUAAAGCUCAAGGUGAAAUUUUAGAAUUAAAAGAUACCAUCAAUAAGAUGGUGGAUUCUUUACAAGUUUUCGUUAGUGAAGUGACAAGAGUUGCAAAAGAUGUUGGUAUUGAUGGUAAAUUAGGCGUACAGGCCCAAGUUAGUGAUGUCGAUGGGUUAUGGAAGGAAAUUAUAACAAAUGUUAAUGUAAUGGCUGCUAAUUUAACUUCUCAAGUUAGAGCUUUUGCUCAAAUCACUGCUGCUGCUACUGAUGGUGAUUUUACCAAAUUCAUUACCGUGGAAGCAAGUGGUGAAAUGGAUACUUUAAAGACCAAAAUUAAUCAAAUGGUGUUUAAUUUGAGAGAAUCAAUUAAAAGAAACACUGCUGCAAGAGAAGCUGCUGAAUUGGCAAAUAGAGCAAAAUCAGAAUUUUUGGGUAUUUUCUCACAUGAGUUAAGAACUCCAUUCAAUGGUAUUUUGAAUUAUACACAAUUGACAUUAGACACGGAAUUAACUCAAUAUCAAAGAGAAAUGUUGUCAACUGUUCAUAAUUUAGCAAACUCAUUAUUAACAAUUAUUGAUGAUAUUUUAGAUAUUUCCAAGAUUGAAGCAAACAGAAUGACAAUUGAACAAGUUGAAUUUACUUUAAGAGGCACUGUUUUCGGUGCUUUGAAAACUCUUGCAGUUAAAUCAAUUGAAAAACCUUUGGAUUUAAUUUAUCAAGUUGAUGCAUCAUUCCCAGAUUACUUGAUUGGUGAUUCUUUCAGAUUGAGACAAGUUAUUUUAAACUUGGUUGGUAAUGCUAUUAAAUUUACUUCAAAAGGUCAUGUUUCCUUAAGUGUGAAGAAAGCUACAACUUCAUUACAACAACAAAUCACUCAAACUGCACCACAAGAUGAUGUAUUAGUUUUAGAAUUUUGUGUUUCUGAUACUGGUAUCGGUAUUAAGAAGGAUAAGUUAGAUUUGAUUUUUGAAAAUUUCACACAAGCUGAUGGUUCAACAACAAGAAAGUUUGGUGGUACUGGGUUAGGUUUGUCAAUUUCCAAGAGAUUAAUUCAUUUAAUGGGUGGUGAAAUUUGGGUCACAUCAGCAUACGGUGAAGGUUCAAGAUUUUAUUUCACUAUUGCAGUUCGUCCUGUUCCGGAUCAAGUCUUCACAAAGCAAUCAGAUGCAUUAUUAACUUUUAACUUACAUCAAAUUUUAUUCAUAUCUACUCAACAUUCCGCUCAAGAAACCAAUAAAAUUGAAGAAGAUUUGAAAGGAUUAAACUUGAGACCAACAGUUGUUCAUACUAUUGACGAAGCUAACUUGGAAGAACCUUGUAAAUAUGAUGUCAUCAUUAUUGAUUCAAUUGAUACUGGUAACAAGUUGAGAUUAUUGCCAGAAAUAAAAUAUAUUCCAUUUGUUUUAUUACAUCAUAGCAUUCCAAGAUUGAAUAUGAGAGUUUGUUUAGAUCUUGGUAUUCAAUCCUAUGGUAAUACACCUUGUUCUAUUAUGGAUCUUGCUGAUUAUUUGAAACCUGCAUUAGAAUCGAGAAUUGUUCCAAGUGAUGAUGAUGCUCCACAAUCUUAUAAUAUUUUAUUGGCUGAAGAUAAUUUGGUUAAUCAAAAAUUAGCUGUUCGUAUUUUGGAAAAAUAUGGUCAUGAAGUUCAUGUUGCACAAAACGGGUUGGAAGCUUUUGAAGAAGUUAAACAAAACAGAUAUGAUGUUGUCUUGAUGGAUGUUCAAAUGCCAAUCAUGGGUGGGUUUGAAGCUACUGAAAAGAUUAGAAAAUGGGAAAAAGAAAUGAACCCAAUUGAUCCGUUAUCUGUUAGAGUUCCAAUUAUUGCAUUAACUGCUCAUGCCAUGUUGGGAGAUCGUGAAAAAUGUAUGCAAGCUCAAAUGGAUGAAUAUAUUUCCAAACCAUUGAAACCAAAUCUUUUGAUCCAAACCAUUGCUAAAACUAUUCAUCAUGUUAAUAAAUUAAAAGAAAUUGCAAGUAUGAAUCCAACAAAUGAUCAAUUGGCAAAUGAGGGCUUGCUAAAUUUCCCUUCCAAUGGUAAUAAUUCUUCAACAAAUCUGGCUGAAACGAGCCCAUCAAAUAAAAGAUCUCAAUCGAAUCAAGAAUUAGGAAAAGUCAUCAACAAUAUCAAUAGUACCACAACAAAAGAUAAUCUUGCCACUGCGUUAUCACCAGCUUUGAAAUCAUUAGAAAGACCUUUAUUGUCAAUUAAUAAUAGGUCUGUUACUGAUAGUGCUUUGAGUACUUUAAGCUCAAUGAAGAAUUCUCCUGUUGAAAGUGAAUUUUUGAAAAGAAGUAUUGAUGAACAAGUUAUUGAUGAUAUUAAUGAUAAUUACGAUGAUAAGGAAGAUGAAGAUGGUGAUCUGGAAGUGAUGUGA